GGUCCUUUGUGUAUAGCUAAGAUGCUGGAAAAUAUUACUGUUUGCUGGGUUAUCCCUGUCAGAUCUCACUGCUGGAAGUGGUUACCUCCUUGGAGUCUCUGGCAGAGUGAUCUUCUCCCCAUCUGGUCCAAGUUGGACCAGCAAGCAGCGGGGCUGUCUGUUCCUGGGUGUCUCCGUGGUCCCACGCCCUGGACCAGGGCAUCGGAUGGUAGGAGCUGUGUCCUCUCCCUUCUUCCAGGUGGAGCAGGAAUUGAUAAUGCCAUCCUUAAUAAAAUUUAGAGGAAAAACAUUUGUGUGCCUGAAAGGGAAGGUGUACAGUGGAUCCUUGAGUAUUCUUGUAAAGUGAUACCACACUCACCGGAGGUUAAACAUCAGAGGCGAGAGGUGUGACGUGUGUGAGAUCUCCAGGAAGGUGUCUGGUGGAGUGUGAGACCCAGGGUGCAUCAGAAAAAACUAAGCUGGUGUUAAAUGGGCUUCUGAGUAGCAUUUGCUUUUCCAUGCUGCAGCAAACUCAUGAAGAAACACAUGUGGGACCUUGUUUCAGCUGCAGACAUGCCAGAAUAAGGAUGGUUGCUCAGCUGUUAACCACGAAAGACGCUGUCCGUGAGGAUAUUCCUGUGCACAGAUGUGUCCAUUCGACUGCUCCCUUAUGAUGCAGAUACAUCACCCUGGGAAUCGCUGAAGCCGUUUUGUGCAGGAGGCGUUGCUGAGAUUCCCCUUGCAGCAAUGGACUUGGAUAAACCAUCCGUCUGGGGAUCCCUGAAGCAGAAAACUAGACCGUUCCUGCAGAACCUAAGCGUGAAGAAGACAAAGAAGAGGUCUAGCAAAAUGGUGGAGAGGAAGGUCCAUUCCUUGGACCGGCGCCUCAGUGUGUCGGUGCCUGACAUGCUGGACGUGGAGACGCUUACGGAAGAAGAAAUGACUUAUUCAAGUACUCAGGUGUUGUCAAACUGCUCCCCCCAAAGCUUCUCCAGGUCUGUGGUGUCUCUGAAAAGCAGAAGCGCUUCCGUGAGGCCAGGGGGAGAGGACCGCUCAUGGGUGUCGCAACCGGCAACGCGCACGGAGGUGACAGUCACCCACCUGGACGCGCAAGUCGCGGGCAUCCCCGUGUCCGAGGGGAGGAGGGAAUCCAGCGCCGACCUCUUUGAGCUGCUGCAGAGCGCCCGCCUGAGUGCCGCUCUGACGGACGAGGGGGCAGAGUACCCAAGUGGAGAAAUGGAUUUAGACUCUUCCAUAUCAUCUCAUAUUUUUGAUGAUCAGAUGGCUCUAGAGGAAGCAAACGAUUGCUUGAGGGACCUGCCCAGCCCCUUUGCCUACCUGCUGACCAUCCACCUGAAGGAAGGCCGGAACCUGGUUAUCAGAGACCGCUGUGGUACAAGUGACCCAUAUGUGAAGUUUAAACUGAAUGGGAAAACUCUAUACAAAAGCAAGGUAGUCUACAAGAACCUCAACCCAGUUUGGGAUGAGACUGUUGUGCUGCCUGUACAGACCCUUGAUCAAAAACUCUGGAUCAAGGUGUAUGAUCGAGAUUUAACCUCUUCAGACUUCAUGGGUUCGGCAUUUGUAGCACUCGCUGAACUUGAACUCAAUAGAACUACUGAACAGGUUUUAAAACUGGAAGAUCCCAACAGUUUAGAAGAUGACAUGGGAGUGAUUGUAUUAAACUUGAGUCUAGCAGUCAAGCAAGGAGACUUCAAGAGAAAUAGAUGGUCGAGUCGGAAGAAGCGAACAUCCAAGUCGAGUUUCAUGCGGAGCGCGCGACUCUCGGACUCUUUGCGCAAGAACCAGUUGUGGAAUGGGCUGGUCACCAUCACACUCCUGGAGGGGAAGAACAUCCCCGGAGGGGGCUUGGCAGAGAUUUUUAUUCUCCUCAAACUGGGAGAUCAAAGAUACAAGAGUAAGACACUGUGUAAGAGUGCAAAUCCUCAGUGGAGGGAACAGUUUGAUUUUCACUACUUCUCUGACAGGAAGGAUAUGUUGGACAUUGAAGUCUGGAGAAAGGAUAACAAAAAACAUGAGGAGCUUUUGGGAACGUGCCAAGUUGACAUUACUGCCCUGCCGACGAAGCAGACCAAUUGCUUAGAGCUGCCUCUGGAAAAGCAUCCGGGGGCCCUGCUAAUGUUGAUUGCUGUUGCCCCGUGUACAGGAGUGUCGAUCUCUGAUCUGUGUGUCUGCCCUUUGGGGGACCCCAGUGAACGGCAACAGAUUACACAGCGCUAUUGUAUAAGGAAUUCUUUUCGGGACAUAAAAGACAUUGGUUUCUUACAAGUCAAAGUUUUAAAGGCAGUGGACCUGUUGGCAGCAGAUUUUUCAGGUAAAAGUGAUCCUUUCUGUGUAUUAGAGCUGGGAAAUGACAGUCUUCAAACACACACUGUUUACAAGAAUCUCAAUCCAGAGUGGAACAAAGUUUUCACGUUCCCUAUUAAAGAUAUUCAUGAUGUUCUGGAAGUGACAGUGUUUGAUGAAGAUGGAGAUAAACCCCCUGAUUUUCUUGGAAAAGUUGCCAUCCCUUUGCUGUCUAUUAGAAACGGUAAACAAAGUUGUUACACACUGAAGAAUAAAGACUUGGAACGUGCUUCAAAAGGAGUAAUUUACUUGGAGCUGGAUGUCCUAUUUAAUCCUGUAAAAGCAAGUAUUAGAACAUUCAAGCCCCGAGAAAAGCGCUUUACUGAGGAGAACCGCAAAUUUUCUAAAAAGAUCUUAUCAAGAAAUGUUGAUCGCGUGAAAAAAAUCACCAUGGCAAUAUGGAAUACAAUACAAUUCCUUCGGAGCUGCUUUCUCUGGGAGUCCACAGUAAAGAGCGUGAUAGCAUUUGUGGUAUUUGUGGUCACCGUCUGGAGUGUGGAACUGUACAUGGUGCCCCUGGCUCUGCUGGUGCUCUUUGCAUACAACUUCUCCCUUGUCACAACUGGGAAGGUCAACAACACCCAAGAUGCCCAGGAGUUUAUGGGCUUGGAUGAAGAUGAUGAUGAAGAUGACAAGGAAUCUGAGAAAAAGGGGUUAAUCGACAGAAUCCACAUGGUCCAAGAGAUCAUUAUAGCUGUUCAAAGCUUUCUAGAAGAAAUAGCAUCAUUUGGAGAGAGGAUUAAAAACACAUUCAACUGGACAGUGCCUUUCCUCUCUGUCCUGGCCUGCUUAGUCCUGGCAGCAGCAACAGUCAUUUUGUAUUUUAUACCACUGAGGUACAUUGUUUUAAUCUGGGGCAUAAAUAAAUUUACUAAGAAGCUUAGAAAUCCCUAUGCCAUCGACAAUAAUGAGCUACUAGAUUUCCUCUCCAGGGUACCAUCUGAUGUUCAAAAGGUGCAGCAUGCUGAAUUGAAACCAUACAGCAGCUCCAGUCCCAUUAGGAAAAAGUGGAGUGCGCUAUAGGAUGCAGCGCGAUUUUGGAAUGCAGCACCUCCCUCCGUACCCAUACGUGUUUCCUCCAUGUGCUUUCCCCCUCUCUUCUUGCUUCAGAACAACACUAUAAUUGCUGCCACAGACUAUAUUUUUUUUAAGAUGUGGUUUUUGAUAAACACCUAUCUUGAGUUGUCUUUUCUGGGUUGUCUUUUCAGCAUGGAGUCGUAGCCCAAAAAAGAGCAAGGUGGAACAUAUGAACUAGUUUAUAGGGUGGGGAGAAGAAUGGGAGAGAAUGGUGCAACUGCACUUUCUUUUUUUUUUUUUUUUUUUCUCUUCAAUUGCAUAGGCAAGGCUGGAUGUGGCAGCACUCCCUGUUUUAUGUAGGAAGAGAUAAUUCCGCUUAGUGUAGCGGAUCAGCUGAGCUGAUGUGAGGAGAUGUUCUGAACCAGUUUUUAACAUAUCCAACAGAUUUACAUUAAGAUAUGAAAGCUAUUCUUUUCUGAGUUAAAUCACUGUGCCUAGAAAGGUUUAAGCUCUGAAUUAACGAGUCUUUGAUACCCAUCUUCUGUUCAAGCAGUGUACAUUUUAAAAAGUUUUUUAUCAUAAUUAGCAGAAAGAGCUAGGAGCUCCAACAGUAUCUCAGUAUUUCAUCCAGCACUUGUGGGUUUUUCUUUUUUUUUUUUUCCCUUCUUUUUUUAAAGCCCACCCUGUGGUUAACUCUUUGGAUACUGGAAUCAUCGGAGAUCCAUUGCUGGCAAUGGAUGCAUGAGAACCUUCUGCCAUGAAAGGAUUAAGAGACUGUAAAAAAGCCUAACUCACUGACCUGAAAAGGCUCUGUUGACUUGCUUUUUAUAAUUCCAUCUCAUCAGAUAUUUACAGCAUAGCUGUUGUUUUCCUGUCUAAAGCCAGAGGGGUCAACACUACAGAUCCAAGAGAAAAAACACUUUAUAGCCUUAAAGAAACAAGUGCUUGUGCAGAAAGAGAGCGUGAUGCCCAAAGACAUGGCUGUGCAAUAGAGUGCAGGCUUUGGUCCACCACUGAUGUCUUGUUGGAGUCUUUCCUGGUGGUUCACAAGGAGAAGAUCAGAAAGUGAAGUCAUCUGGAAACAGCAAUGAAGAGACAGAAGAAAGGACCCCGUUUUCUAUUCAGAGGAGAGUGUGAUUUCUUUCGUGCUUACCAAUCUUGUAGCUAUUGUGCUUUUGCUUUAUAUAAUUCAGAUAACCAGCAUUAUUAAUUUUGCCUGGGGAAAUUGAAAUACAGAAUCAUAUAUAAACCUGAUUAAUUUUGGUGAGAGUGUAGCUCUCGGUCCUUUAGGUGCUGUAGGAUGUUGUGGAAGUGACUUGGCAUCAUCACAAUUCAUUGGUAGCACAAGAGCUGGAGUUGCUUCUUGUGAUUCCCAGUCAGGGGUUACAACCAGCAUCCCCUGGGUUAAUUCACAGUACAAAGAAAUAGAGAAUCGCAAGAGACUGUUUUCUUUCUAACAAAAGAAGACUUUGGAAGUCAUCUAAUUCAAGGUAAACCAGGUAAAACCUUGCUUAUGGAUCAACGAUCCAAAUGGACUUGCGUCGUGUGGUUCAGUAAUGCAAUCUUGUGGGCCUGUUGCGUCAAUUUGAAGGAGGAGAACUAACACCACAGUAUCUUGCACAGGGUGAUUAGUCAGAUUCAGUGAUUUUUCAGGAAGUUUAUUUUUCAGAGUAACAAGCCCCACGGUGCCUUUGAAUAAAGAGAGGCACAUUUUCAUAGACUUGAUUGGAUGAAGAAUGUAUUUUGCUCAUGCGAACCUGUGUGUAGCUGCAAAUGGAAAGAUAGAAAAAAGAUUAUCCUGGUUUUAAAAGCCACAAAAACGCCCCUGUGUGUGCACGUGUGCUUGUGUACCCAUGCAUAUACAGAGUUGCGUAUAUAAAGAGUACAUGUGUAAUGUAUUUAUAGGCAAGUGUGUGUGGGAAAAUGGGUGAAUAUACAGAUUUUUAAACCUUGAAAAUGUUUAUGAAAAAUGCCAAAGAUUCUAAAGCUUAUCAUCUUGCGUCUGUUCUUCUUCAUUUUGUAUCUUUCCCGGCAUGUCUGUCUGGCUGAGCCAGAUCUCUGCAUGAUUUGAUUUACUUCAAGUUAAUGAAGCUGGUUGGAAAGAGCCUUGUAGAAAUUACAAAAUCUCCAGUAAAUCUCCUUCUUGUACAUACAAUAGAUGUCCAUGGACCCCUUUUGUUAAACCAGUUUCUCAAUCUUCUGUGUAAACAAUGCCUCAUUGUCUCGCCUUAAACUAUCAUCUGGUUUAUCAUACUGUAAUCUUGUCAUUUUGUAAAGACCAAAGUCAGACAUAUUUAAGCAAGCAUGUGAGAUCUGAUCGUUGAUUUGAGUGAAAACAUUCAACUACAGAAAAAACUGUUUAUUUAUUCAGAAGUUUGGACUGAUACUUUAAUAGUUUUUGGUUUUAUUUUUUAGUGUAGAUAUGUUGUGUUUCAGAAUAACUUGUAUUACAUUGUUAUGCUGGCGACAUACCAAAUGAAGGGAUUUGGAUGGUCCAGUACCUAUAUAUGUUGUAAUGAGCUCUCUGUUUUGAUAAAGGCUGCCUGAAAUGCAAUAAACAUUUGAGGUUAAGAUGAUGCUUUUAAUUUAUCAGGAUUAGGAGAUAUGUUUCCCAUCCUUUGAAAAAUGCUUACUGUGCUAUAAUAUUUAGUAUCUGACUAGGUAAGCAAGUACAUCACUUGACAGUGCAGUGUAACAACUAACACUGGAGUUUACUUGAAAUGGAGACUGUGCUGCAGGAGGAGAUGAGGUAAACCCUUACCCCACUUGCUUACAAUGAUGUAGUGGGAUUUCCUACACCCUACAUAAAGGAAAGGAGGGUUAUAUGCAUUUACUGCACACUCCAGUAAUCAAACUCUUUAUUCAGAUUUUUCAUUUGAUUCUUAAAGCAAGAAUAUUAGUUGAUACAUAUCUCUGUGUGUCCAUUUUCCCAUUAAAAUAGGAAUUUUUUACAUUGUUAAUCUAUUCAAUGUAUAGCAUGGAAAUUAUAAACCUAAAUUUUUAAUUUAAGGUAGUCAUUUCAGUGCAACACUAUGUACGUUUUCUGUCUAAAGUCUCUAAGACCAGAGGCAUUCAGAAAUGUAAACCUAACUAUAACUCUUUUGGAUGACCAUGGAUUAAGAAUCAUGGAUAUAUUGGAAUAUGACUAAACAUGUCCACUAACUGUACAGUGUGUAAAAAACUGGAUUUGACAUAUAUGUGCAAAUGCAGUAUUUACUCAUGUUUGCCCUAACGUAAGCUGCUGCUGGAGGUUGGUUUCUUGAAUAAUCACGAAUAGCACUGAGGAGUCAGCUCCCCUAUGGAUCACUGUCAGUAAAACUCAGUCACUGAAACGCACCUUGUGGAAAGCGAGCAAACAACUGAAUAAAGCGAAGUCGGUGGAAA